UUUUAAAACUCAAUUUUGACGUUUUUUGACUUCUAGACAAGCCCAAAGGAACCAUCGACGGGAAUAGUAAAUCCCCAUUUCACCUACGGCAGGUGAAAUAGUAGCAUCAAUAUGGAGUUUAGUAACAGUUACAUGACAAGAAGUUACUACAAAAUAUUUACAAGGCGGCAUGCGACUGCCUUACCAAAAUGUGACUUUACUCCGAAAAUAUAUUCAGGUCCAUCUGUCCAAAAGACUGAUAAAAUAAAAACGGAAAACAUAGCACCAGCUAUAUUUGACAUCUACAAGCGGCCAUUGGUACUUCACCAGGGACACAUGCAGUGGCUGUUCGACCACGAAGGAAGACGAUACCUCGACCUCUUUGGAGGAAUAGUAACCGUAUCGGUAGGACAUUGCCACCCUAAAGUAUCAGCUGCGCUGCACGAACAGAUAGACAGUCUCUGGCAUGUAACGAACAUUUAUAGACACCCAAAAAUCUAUGAAUACGUUGAAAAACUUACUGCGAAGUUUCCUGGUGAUUUGAAGGUGGUGUAUCUAGUAAACAGUGGUACAGAAGCAAACGAUCUCGCAUUACUCCUUGCCAAGGCUUACACGGGCAGUAAUGACGUCAUAUCUUUACAAAGUAGUUACCAUGGCUAUUCCAGUACUCUAAUGGGCUUAACGGCUAUGCAGUCUUACCGAAUGCCUAUUCCAGUACCCACUGGCAUGCAUCAUGCGAUGCUACCAGAUCCCUACAGAGGCAUCUGGGGUGGCUGCCGGGACUCCGUAUCUCAGGUGCAAGAUUCGUGUACGUGCGAAGGCGAUUGCGUGUCUUCUGAUAAAUACAUUAAACAGCUCUCAGAGAUUUUAGAAAAUUCAGUGCCAGCUGGCAGAGUUGCAGCAUUCUUUGCGGAAUCUAUCCAGGGAGUAAAUGGCGCAGUUCAGUUUCCGAAGGGAUAUAUUAGGAAAGCAGCUGAAUUGAUAAGAAAACAUGGAGGUCUUUAUGUUGCUGAUGAGGUGCAAACCGGCAUUGGUCGCACAGGCGACGCAUUUUGGGGCUUCCAGAACCAUAAUAUUCAACCAGAUAUAGUCACCAUGGCCAAGGGAAUUGGUAAUGGUUUUCCACUCGCUGCAGUUGUCACAACAAAGGCAAUAGCUGAAGCUCAUAACAAAAGCUCGUAUUUUAAUACAUUUGGAGGUAAUCCAAUGGCUGCUGCUGUUGGUAAAGCUGUUUUGGAGGUCAUUGAAGAAGAGGGACUACAGCAAAAUUGUAAAGAAACAGGACGAUAUUUUCUAGAACAAUUAAUGGCUUUACAAAAAUGUUAUCCUGUAAUCGGUGAUGUUCGCGGUAAAGGAUUAAUGAUAGGAUUAGAGUUAGUUGAACCGGGCACGAAGCAACCGUUGAAAUUGAGUGACGUAAAAGAUAUCCUAGAAUCGAUCAAAGAUUUGGGAAUCUUAAUUGGAACUGGAGGAAGAUAUAGUAAUGCGUUGAGAAUAAAACCUCCUAUGUGUAUCAACAAAAACGACUUCAAUUCUAAAGUAAUUAAAUGUGAAGAAACUAAGGAGCCAAUAGUUGAGUAUGGAAAGGUGUCCAAAUUUGAAGGAUUUCAAAUAACCUUAGAGAAUACAAUACUCUUUCCAGCAGGAGGAGGCCAGCCUUUCGAUGUAGGCUGGUUAAAUGAUAUAGAAGUAUUGCAAGUGCUUCGUAAAGGAGAUCAAGCUGUUCAUUUUACCCAGGAACCAAUAGAAGUUGGUACAAAUGUAAUACAGAAAAUUGAUUGGUCAAGACGGUUCGACCAUAUGCAGCAACAUUCGGGUCAACAUCUAUUGUCGGCAAUAUUAGAAAGAGAUCACAGUUUGCCCACGACGAGCUGGUGGUUGGGUGCUGAUGAAUGUUUCGUCGAACUUGAAUCAACAACCAUCGGUGAUGAUACGAUACAGGUUGUUGAAGAACAAUGCAACAAACACAUACGUUCGGCCACACCAGUUACUGUCAAAUUUUUAAAAGCAAAUGAUCCUGAUUUGAAUGAGGCACACACGAGGGGGCUGCCUAAGGAUUGCAUGGAUACGAUACGCGUGAUUUGCAUCGGUGAUAUUGACGAAAACAUGUGUUGUGGAACACACGUUACUAAUUUAAGUCAGCUGCAAAUGAUAAAACUGUUAGGUGUCGAACCGGGGAAGAAAGGAAAGACAAACCUCAGGUUCCUUGUUGGUAAUCGUGUUACAAAAACAUUCCAAAGAAUGUUGGACAGAGAGAAGGCUCUAAUAGGACUGUUGAAAAAUGAACCAUUGAAACAUGAGGAAUUAGUAUCUAAAUUGCAGAAAAACCUGAAAAUAACGAAUAAGAAUUUACAAAAUGUCCUGUCAGAGUUAGCUCAGUACGAAGUUGACAAAAUAAAAAAUACUCAACCGAAACCAAAAUAUUUAUUUAUGUUUAAGAAGGAGGCUAACCCUGACUUCAACCGCGCUAUUUGUAAGGGAUUGGAAAAUGAAGAGAUGUUUGUUUUCGUAGCAUCCGAAGACCAGGAUAAGCCUAAAGAAGGUCAAAUCAUUAUACAGGGUGCAGAAACAGACUUUAAAGCUUUAGGACAACAAAUAACUGAUAUAUUAAAAUGUAAAGGUGCCUUUAAGAAUGGAAAAUUCCAAGGGAAAGCUGGAGACUUGGGAAGUAUUAAUAAAUGUAAGAAAUUGAUAGAAGAUUACUUUAAUAAUUUUGUGUGAUAUAAAUAUAAUAUAAUGUAAUAAUAAAUCUUU